ACUUUCACACAAGUCUGGCCAGCAUUCCUGAGUCCAGCGGCCAGCCAGGACCCAAGAUGAUGUCCCUGGUUCUUCCCACCCUGCUCUACCUCGGGUUUUAUCUAACCCAGAGCAGUUGGGUUCAGGAAGGAAAUCUCCCCCCACCUGUUAUCACAGCUCUGCCUGGAUCCAUGGUUCUAUAUAAUGAACCAGUGAUCAUCUGGUGCCAAUGGCCUCCAGACGCUGAAGCCUACGAGAUAUAUAAAGUGGAAGAACCUGAGCCCAGGGACAGAAGGAAAUUACUGGUGGCUGGGAAGACCAACACUUUAUCUAUCCAAGAGAUGAAACCAGACCAGACAGGACUGUACCGCUGUUCCUAUAAGAGUGGAGAACACUGGUCCCUGCUCAGUGACCCCCUGCGUGUGGUGAUGACGGGAACUUUUGACAAACCCUCACUCUCCAGCAUGAGUGGCACGGUGGUAGCUUCAGGAGACAAUGUGACGUUACAGUGUUUCUCCAGAAUGAAGUUUGAUGCAUUUAUCCUCACCAAAGAAGGUGCACCUCAGUUCACGCAGAGACAAAGCUCCACGGCCCAGGACAAUGGACAGCAGACCACCUUCCACAUGGACCGUGUCACCUUCACACAGGCAGGGACCUACAGAUGCUACGGUGCCUUCAGCAAAGACCCCUACGUGUGGUCUCACCCCAGCGACCCACUGCAGCUGGUGGUCAGAGCAAGUCUCCCCCCACCUGUUAUGAAAGCUCUGCCUGGACCCAUGGUUCUAUAUAAUGAACCAGUGACCAUCCGGUGCCAAGGGCCUCCAGAUGCUGACGCCUAUGAGAUAUAUAAAGAGGGAGAACCUGAGCCUAGGGAUGAAAGGAAAUUACUGGUGGUGGCUGGAAAGACCGGCACUUCAGCUAUCCAAGAGAUGGAACCAUACUGGACAGGACUGUACCGCUGUUCCUAUCAGAGUGGAGGACACUGGUCCCCACUCAGUAACAUCCUGCAUCUGGUGAUGACGGGAUCUUAUGACAAACCCUCACUCUCGACCAUGAGUGGCACGAUGGUGGCUCUAGGAGACAAUGUGACGUUACAGUGUUUCUCCAGAAUCGGAUUUCAGGCAUUUAUUCUCACCCAAGAAGAUGCACCUCAGUUCACGCAAAGACAAAGCUCCACGGCCCAGGACAAUGGACAGCAGGCCACCUUCCACAUGGACCGUGUCACCUCCACACAGGCAGGGACCUACAGAUGCUACGGUGCCUUCAACAAAGACCCCUACGUGUGGUCUCACCCCAGCGACCCAUUGCAGCUUGUGGUCAGAGCACAGCAUCACAAACCUGUUAUCACAGCUCAGCCUGGAACCGAGGUUCGAUAUAAUGACCCAGUGACCAUCCGAUGCCAAGGGCCUCCAUACGCUGAAGCCUACAAGAUAUACAAAAACAUAGAACCUGAGUCUGGGAAUGGAAGUGAAUUCCUGGAGGCUGGUAGGACCAACACUUUAUAUAUCCAAAAGAUGAAGCGGGACAAUAUAGGACUGUACUGCUGUUCCUAUAUGGGAGCAGGAUUCUGGUCCCCCCUCAGCGACCCCCUGCAACUGGUGAUGACAAUGGUUGGUCUCACCGCACCUAUUAUGAAAGCUCUGCCUGGACCCAUGGUUUUAUAUAAUGAACCAGUGACCCUCCUGUGCCAAGGGCCUCCGGACGCUGAAGCCUAUAAGAUAUAUAAAGUGGAAGGACUUGAGCCUAAGGAAAAACGCAAAUUGCUGGUGGCUGGGAAAGCUAACACUUUCUCUAUCCAAGAGAUGAAAGCAAACUGGACAGGACAGUACCACUGUUCCUACGAGAGAGGAGAGUGGUCCCAGCCCAGUGGCAACCUGGAUCUGGUGAUGACGGGAUCUUAUGACAAACCCUCCCUCUCGAGCAUGAGUGGCAGGGUGGUGGCUCCAGGAGACAAUGUGACGUUACAGUGUUUCUCCAGAAUCAACUUUGAUUCAUUUAUUCUCACCAAAGAUGGCGCACCUCAGUUCACCCACAGACAAAGCUACACAGUCCAGGACAAUGCACUUCUGAUCACCUUCCACAUGGACAGUGUCACCUCCACUCAGGCAGGGACCUACAGAUGCUACGGUGGCUUCAACAAAAACUCCUCGAUGUGGUCUCACCCGAGCAACCCAUUGCAGCUGAUGGUCAGAGAAGCUGCUGACAAUUCUGAUCCCACAGAACCCAGCCGUUCUCAUGAUGAGACCUGCUGGUUGGAGUGUGUCCCCCCAGAACCAAGUCCGGCUGAGCCUGGCUGGCCUGGUUCUCUUGGUCCUUGUGGUCCUGGUGGCAGAGGCCUGCUACAGCCACAAGAGAGAAGUCUGUUCCGCUUAAAGGAGGCAUUGCUGAGGCCAACGGGCCAGAGAGGACCCAGAAUCAUGUCGGUGGUUCUUUCCACUCUGCUCUACCUCGGAUUGUAUCUAGCCCAGAGCACUCAGGCUCAGAAUGGAAAUCUCCUCCCUGCUGUUAUCAUAGCUCAUCCUGGACCCAUGGUUCUUUAUAAUGAACCAGUGACCAUCCGGUGCCAAGAGCCUCCACACGCUGAAGCCUACGAGAUAUAUAAAGUGGAAGGACCUGAGCGUAGGGAUGGAAAGAAAUUGCUGGUGGCUGAAAAGACCAGCACUUUAUCUAUCCGAGAGAUGAAACCAGACCAGACAGGACUGUACCGCUGUUCCUAUCAGAGUGGAGGACACUGGUCCCCACUCAGUGACAUCCUGCGUGUGGUGAUGACGGGAUCUUAUGACAAACCCUCACUCUCCAGCAUGAGUGGCACGAUGGUGGCUCCAGGAGACAAUGUGACGUUACAGUGUUUCUCCAGUUUGAAGUUUGAUGCAUUUAUCCUCACCAAAGAAGAUGCACCUCAGUUCACCCAGAGACAAAGGUCCACGGCCCAGGACAAUGGACAGCAGACCACCUUCCACAUGGACCGUGUCACCUCCACACAGGCAGGGACCUACAGAUGCUACGGUGCCUUCAGCAAAGACCCCAAUUUGUGGUCUCACCCCAGUGACCCACUGCAGCUUGUGGUCACAGGAAGUCUCCCCCCACCUGUUAUCACAGCUCGGCCUGGAUCCAUCGUUCUAUAUAAUGAACCAGUGACCAUCCGGUGCCAAGGGCCUCCAGACGCUGAAGCCUAUGAGUAUAUAAAGUGGAGGAACCUGAGCCUAGGGACAGAAGGAGAUUACUUGUGUGACGUCCUGCAUCUGGUGAUGAUGGGAGCUUAUGACAAACCCUCACUCUCCAGCAUGAGUGACACAGUGGUGGCUCCAGGAGACAAUGUGAAGUUACAGUGUUUCUCCAGAAUCAAGUUUGAUGCAUUUAUUCUCACCAAAGAAGAUGCACCUCAGUUCAACCAGAGACAAAGCUCCACGGCCCAGGACAGUGGACAGCAGACCACCUUCCACAUGGACCGUGUCACCUCCACAGAGGCAGGGACCUACAGAUGCUACGGUGCCUUCAGCAAAGACCCCUACGUGUGGUCUCACCCCAGCAACCCAUUGCAGCUUGUGGUCAGAGAAGCUACUGUUGAUCCCACAUCCGUGGAGCCAGGACAUCCACAUGCCACAGACCACAACCAGACCCAGAACCACCAUGGUAUUCUGAUCGGCUUCCCAGUGGCCAUCGUCCUCCUGCUCCUCCUCUUCCUCCUCCUUUUCUUCAUCCUCCGCCAUCGCCAUCGCAAAGCCAAAAACAAUGCCACCGAGACAAAGAGACAGCCACAGGAAGUGGAACCCAUGAACGGACUGGCCUCUGAAGCUAGAGACCCACAGGAUGUCACCUAUUUCCAAGUGGCCUUCAAUGCCCCCACCCACGGGACAGCUUCAGCCCCCUCCUUGCUGCCCAAGCCGGCCCAGGCCAGUGAGUAUGCCACACUCGUCCUGAGAUGAGCCGUGCUCUGGACAGUAGGAUUCAGAGCUACCAGUUGCAAGGUCCCUCCUCUGGCGUCAUUGCUUCUAAAUCUGAGGCUGUCAGCCGGGCUGAGGGAACCCACCCACAUUAACCAGAAAGUAGGCCCCGGCGCCCCCCUGAAUCUGGAGAUUAUCACCCAGUCAGUUCCAGAAUCUCCACCAUAAUUGCCCAUCAAUUCCUGGGACCCUCCUGGGUUAUUGGGACGAUGGCAGAAUAAUGUUUGUAUGUUCUCAUUGAUUAAACAAAUAUACUUAAAUCAUCUUGGGUGCCACGUUUUCUAUUACAGCUUAGAUGCACAGAACAGAUCCCAAAACCAUUUCUCUUGUCAAAAAUGUGUGGUCUAUCCCUGGCCAGGAGGCUCAGCGGGUUGGAGU